CUUCUUCAAGUGCUCGCCUGCCCCCUCACGAAGUCGAAGUUGACGUAUAACGAGGAGACAAACGAGCUCAUCUCAGAGGAGGCAGGGGUCGCGUACCCCAUCGUGAAUGGAAUACCCAACAUGAUCCCACAUGACGCAAGAAUAAUUGACCAG